AGUGCCAAGUACCAACCCUCGCCGUCCCUGGGCUUUCUCGCUCUCUCCCUCUCACUCGCUCGCCUCACUCUCCAUUUUCCUCACAAAUCGCCGAUGCACGGGUGAUCGAUCCACUGUUCUCGAUGAUUCGUCUGUGCAAUCUUCUCCAUGGAGGCCUUCGAUUCUUGAGGUGGUGACUUCUGCGUGUGCAUAUUUCUAUAUGUAGAUAUAGUUGGUGGUUCUUCUGGUUGAUCUUUAUCGCUGUUUUUGCAAUGGCGAUGGAAGAUAACGAGAGUUGCGGUAGCAGAGCUUCGGAUUCGUCGCCCAAACAGCUUCGACAGCACAGGCAGAAGCUCGAGGUUUACCACGAGGUGCUUCGACGAGUCCAGGAGUCCGUUUAUGAAGAGGCCUCUCUCCCUGGUUUUGAUGAGCAGCUGUGGCUCCAUUUCAACCGUCUCCCUGCCAGAUAUGCGUUGGAUGUGAAUGUGGAGAGGGCGGAAGAUGUGCUUACGCACAAGAGACUUCUGUAUUUGGCGCAAGAUCCUGCUAAUAGACCUGCAUUUGAAAUCCGCCUUGUGCAGGUUCAUCCUUCAUCCUCUGGAAAUUCAGUUGAUUCUUGCCAUAUAGAUUCUCCAUUGAAAGAAGAUGCUCAAAGUUCAUAUUAUUUUUGCAAACAAGGUGUCCAUCCGCCGCCUACUUUUGGAUCAUCACCUAACCUUGAAGUUUUUGCAAUCCAAGACUCUGGAUAUAACGGUGAAUAUGGAGACCAUGCUGCGAAUUCCACUUCAAGUUUUACGCGGCCCAUGCAUGAGAUAACCUUUUCAACAGUUGACAAGCCAAAACUCCUUAGUCAGUUGACUUCCUUGCUUGCUGAAAUUGGAUUGAACAUUCAAGAAGCUCAUGCGUUUUCCACUGUUGAUGGCUUCUCCUUGGAUGUUUUUGUUGUUGAUGGUUGGCCUUAUGAGGAAACUGAGCAGCUUAGAAAUGCAUUGGAAAAGGAAAUCUUAAAGGCUAAGGAACAAUUUUGGUCGAAACAGCUUCUACCGUCGCAUGUGGGUGAGCAUAACCACACUGGCUUUCCUGAUUAUGUAAAAAUUCCAACUGAUGGAACUGAUGUCUGGGAAAUUGAUGUCAAUCAGCUGAAAUUUGAAAAUAAAGUUGGAUCUGGGUCUUAUGGUGAUCUGUACAGGGGCUCAUACUGUAGUCAGGAAGUGGCAAUUAAAGUUUUGAGGCCUGACCGCGUCAAUGCAGAUAUGCUUAGAGAAUUUUCCCAGGAAGUUUACAUUAUGAGGAAAAUCCGGCACAAGAAUGUUGUGCAGUUUAUAGGUGCAUCUACGCUAUCUCCGAACUUAUUCAUUGUAACAGAGUUCAUGUCUAGAGGAAGUGUGUAUGACUUUCUGCAUAAACAAAGGGGCUCGUUUAAGCUUCCAUCUCUACUCAAAGUAGCAAUUGAUGUUUCCAAAGGGAUGAAUUAUCUGCACCAAAAUAAUAUAAUCCACAGGGACCUGAAGACUGCCAAUCUUCUAAUGGAUGAAAACAAAGUUGUUAAGGUUGCUGAUUUUGGAGUUGCUAGAGUACAGGCUGAAUCUGGAGUUAUGACUGCAGAAACUGGGACAUACCGUUGGAUGGCUCCUGAGGUCAUUGAACACAGACCAUACGAUCACAAGGCUGAUGUUUUCAGUUUUGGAAUAGUAUUGUGGGAGCUUCUAACUGGAGAACUCCCAUAUGCGUUGUUAACCCCAUUACAAGCAGCGGUUGGUGUGGUUCAAAAGGGUUUACGGCCUAUGGUUCCAAAGCGAACACAGCCAAAGCUUGCAGAACUACUUGGGAGAUGCUGGCAGCAUGAACCAACUCGAAGACCCAACUUCUCAGAAAUUAUAGAAAUCCUGCAGCAAAUAGCUGAGAUUGAGGGAGAGGAUCACCAUAAGGAUAGAUCACCCGGAAGAUUAUUUUCAGCUUUCAGAAGGGGUCAUCCUGGAAUUUAGGGUAAGGAGUUCUGUAUGUAUGAUCCUCUGAUCUUCUGGGCAAUUUCUGAUCAUGCAUUUUAUUGCAUUGUACAAAAUUUUGAGGCCCCCCCCAGUCCUUAUGAUCUGAAUGUGUGAUUUCCCAAGAAGCAGAGUGGCCACUGCUAUUUUUUUUUUCCCAUAUCUUUUUUUUCCCUGCUCUCUGGCUGGACUGUUUGCCCCCACAUGACCUGGAUUCUGAUGGAUUGGAAUUAAAAACUGCUGCAUUUUGGUGCAGGAUUCCUGUAGCCCUUGCAUAUGUUAAUCAGUUAUCUUUCUUCCUUUCCUUUU